AUGUGUGGCAGGUUCCUGAGGCGGCUGGUGGUGGAGAGCCGGCACUCCACCCCCGUGGGGCGCCUCCUGCUUCCCGUGCUCCUGGGGUUCCGCCUCGUGCUGCUGGCCGCCAGUGGGACGGGGGUCUACGGCGACGAGCAGAGCGAGUUCGUGUGUCACACGCAGCAGCUGGGCUGCAAGGCCGCCUGCUACGAUGCCUUCCACCCUCUCUCCCCGCUGCGCUUCUGGGCCUUCCAGGUCACCCUGGUGGCUGUACCCAGUGCCCUCCACGUGGGUUUCACUCUGUAUCAUGUGAUCUGGCACUGGGAGGAAUCUGAAAAGGUGAAGAAGGAAGAGGAGACCCUGAUCCGCCAAGGGGAGAAAAGCAGAGAUGCCUUGGGGCCUGGAAGCCCCAGGGUGCUCUGGGCCUAUGUGGCACAGCUGGGGGUGCGACUGGUCCUUGAAGGGGCAGCCUUGGGGGCGCAGUACCAUCUGUAUGGGUUCAAGAUGCCCAGCUCCUUUGCGUGUCGUCGAGAGCCUUGCCUUGGUAGUAUAAGCUGUAAUCUGUCUCGCCCCUCUGAGAAGACCAUCUUCCUGAAGACCAUGUUUGGGGUCACUGGGCUCUGUCUCUUGUUCACGCUUUUGGAGCUUGUGCUCCUGGGCCUGGGGCGAUGGUGGAAGAUCUGGAAGCACAAAUCUCCCUCUUCUAACUACUUCUCAACUUCAGAGAGCGCCCAAAGACACAAGGAACCGACUGAUAACUUCCCCGUGGUGGAAACAAAAGAACGGUUUGCAGAAGCAGGUGAGAGGGGCACUGAUGUCCCUCUUUCUACCUGUGCCUGA